AUUUAUAAGUGAGUAAAAUUGAGAGAUUAAGCUUUAGCUAAUGUUGAAAUUAAGAUGAUAAUGAAAAGAUAAUGGAGAAUUCAUUUACACCUACGAGCAUUUGAACCCUUAAGUAAAUAUUUAACCCAUACUAUAAAAUAAUGGAGUAUUAUCACUAUUUACUAAUGAUAAGAAAGCAUUUCACUUGUUUUAGGAUAAAAAGAAUAAGUUUUUUGCUCCUCACUUAUUUACAAUUUUUGUUCCAAAAUUUUAGAAAUAAAAUUAUGAAAAUAACAAAAAUGAAUUGAAAGAGGCUAAUAUAAGGAAGAAUUACUAUAGAAUAAUGCAGUAUAGAUUUUAAAUAAAAUAAAGAAGAAGAAAGGAAGGG